AUGGGGGAGAGCUACCCCACGGACCGCUACUCGCCGGUGGAUCGGUACGUGCCGCGCUACCCGGCGCCGCCCCCCAACACCGGCAGGUACCUCGACCCCUACUCGAGGAGGGACAUCUACCUCCCGCCGCCCCGCUACCUCCGCCCGCUCCACAGGUACACCCCUCGCCCCACCAGGAUCGAGUACCGGGCUCAUGUAGAGUACCUCGGCUCCUCCGGCGGCAGCACCGCAAUCGUUGAUUGCUUAUUUCAUUUCAUUGACAAUAUAAAGGAAGCGACUAUAAACUCUUUCAAGGACUACUCUAGACCUACAGGCAUGUCCGACUCGAAAGAAAAAACAAAUGGCUUGCAAUCUCCUAGGGAUAGAAUGUUAAGAUGGAACUGGGGCGGUGACUAG